GCAACCUCCCGAGUAGUCGGAGGUUUCAUUUUGCCGCGGCUGCGCUGUACGCAGUAAAACCUUAUUACGAAAAUAUGUGUGAAAUUUAGAUAUCAAAGUGUUGAUAGUGUAAUACAGUGACGAUAGUGCAGUGCUGUGUUAUGAUAUAGUUGACGGAGCGCAGGCGCAAAUCUAUUUACCUCAUGGCGGGGUCAGGAGGCACGGAGUGGAGCGAAGGCGCGGCGGUGUGGUUCCAGCCGGCCGGCGCCUCCGCCCCGCUGCCCGGCGAGCUGGUUGAGGUGCACCGCGCCGCGAGGGUCCUGUUGGUCAGCGCUUCUGUUAACGGACAGCCACAAACAUUCGCUUUACAAAUGGGUAACGGUGAAGAAGAAGGUGAUCCAGUAUGGCCCAGAGAAGAGCUCGGUCCGACAGGAGUGGACGACAUGACCAGGCUACACGACCUCCAUGAAGCUGCACUCCUUUGGAACUUGAAACUCAGAUACGAACAAGGCCUGAUAUACACAUAUGCCGGAUCCAUCCUGGUGGCUGUGAACCCAUACCGACCAGUUGACGCGCUAUACGGACUACAAACGGCCAGACGGUACCACGCAGCAGAAGCACUGGGAGAUUUACCGCCCCAUCUUUUUGCCAUAGCUGCCGCGGCCCGCGCUGCAUUACCCCAACCACAAGCCAUAUUAAUAUCUGGGGAAUCUGGCGCAGGCAAAACAGAAUCAACGAAAUUAGCUGUACAAUUUCUAGCCGCGGUCGCUCCGGCGCCCCUAGGAAGGGCUCCCGUCUCUGAACAGAUAUUAGAAGCCGCGCCAUUGUUAGAAGCGUUCGGCAACGCUCGGACACCAAAAAAUCACAACUCUAGUCGCUUCGGAAAAUUGCUUGAAUUAUACUUUAAGGAAGGCGCCUUAGCUGGCGCCAGAGUUGCUCAUUAUUUAUUAGAGAAAUCUCGUAUAGUCACCCAAUCGCCUGGAGAAAGAAAUUAUCACGUAUUUUAUGAAUUGCUAGCUGGUUUGGACGAGGAACAGAGAAAAGCGAGAGGUCUGUUAACAGCUGAGCAUUACUUCUACUUGAAUCAAGGAGGAGAUUCUAACGGGGCCGGAGCGGGCGCUGAUUGGUCAGCACUAUGCGGUGCUAUGCAAGUGCUGGGUAUCGGCGACGCGGAACGCGAAGACAUAAUAAAAGUACUGGCAGCCGUGCUACAUUUAGGGAAUGUUUACUUCCAUCGAAGACAGCUCCGUCACGGACAAGAGGGAGUUCAGCUAGGUGGUGGCGCAGAAGUACGUUGGGCAGCGCAUUUGUUGAAACUACCUGCUGAGGAAUUGGCUAGAGCUUUAACUACAAGAGUAACGGCUGCAAGAGCUGAAAGAAUGCGAUCUCCGCUACCGAUAGACCAGGCGCUAGACGCAAGAGACGCGUUUGCUAAAGCGUUGUACUCAUCGCUAUUUAACUGGCUAGUACUGCGAAUAAACUCGAUAGUCCAUCGCGGUGGCUUGCACGACGCGCACAGAAUAUCUCUCCUGGACAUCUUCGGGUUCGAAGACUUGGAAGAGAAUUCGUUCGAGCAGCUGUGUAUAAACUACGCGAACGAAACGCUGCAGCAUUAUUUCAAUAAGCAUAUAUUUAAGUUGGAGCAACAGGAGUAUCAGAAGGAGAGACUGGAAUGGUCACAGCUCACUUGGAAUGAUAAUUCACCGGUAAUCCAACUGUUAAGCAAGAAGCCGGUAGGCAUUCUACACCUACUGGACGACGAGAGCAACUUCCCCCGAGCGUCAGACGCGUCUUUCUUGGAGAAGUGCCACUAUAACCAUGCGCUAAAUGAAUUGUACUCCAGACCUCGGUUGGGUGCUAAUGAGUUUGGGGUGAAACACUACGCCGGCCAAGUAUGGUACAACGUAGAAGGUUUCCUGGACAAGAACAGGGACGCGCUCCGAGGUGAUGUCCUGGAACUGCUGUGUAGUAGCGAAGUACCGUUAGUUGCUGAAAUGUCUGCGCAGUUGAGAGCUCAUCAUGAUGCCAAUAAAACUCUGCCCAGGGGUGCCAAUGGUCGCUUUGUUACUAUGAAGCCGAGGACGCCUACUGUUGCUGCUAGGUUCUCAGACAGUCUACAACAGCUGGUAGAAUCGAUGUCACGUUGCAACCCCUGGUUCGUCCGCUGCAUCAAACCCAACACUGACAAAUCUAUGCGCUUUGACAUGCCGUGUGUGCUCACACAAUUAAAAUAUACCGGGAUGCUGGAUACUAUCAAGAUGCGGCAAAUGGGAUAUCCCGUUAGGAUCCCGUUCCAGGCGUUCGUGGAGAGAUAUAGGUACCUUCUGAAAUCGAUGCCGGCUCGCUCAACGCCGUACCGCGAGAUUUGCAACUCAAUCCUCGUUGAAAUGCCACCUACAGGAGCUGUGGGGGCAGACUUCCAACUAGGCGCAGCCCGUGUGUUCAUUCGCGAAGCCCUACACAGAGCGCUAGAAAGGGCUCGAGCUGAUAAGCUCAGAGCCGCUGCUACCACAUUACAGGCGCAUGUGAGGGGAUAUUUGGCCAGAAAGCGCUACAACCAAAUGCGCCACUCGGCAAUCCGGAUCCAAUCCUGGUGGAAAGGAUCCCGGGACCGAGCGACCUUCCUCACAGCAAGGCGUGGUGUGGUCCGGGUCCAGGCGCUAGUGAGGGGACGACAGGCGAGGAAACGGGUUGCGGCUAUGAAGCAGCAGAUGAAGAGGAGAUUGGAGGCUCAGCAGGCUGCUGCUAAACGCCGCGCAGCAGAACAAAAAGCAAAGGCAGAAAGUCUGCAAGUGCUGGAAGUACCAGCUGAACUGGCCUUCAUUCUGUCCAAGAUUGACGAGUGGCAACCGCCGCAUACUGAAAGGAAUAUUACUAAGAUAACAGACGUCUACUCAGAAGACGAACGCAUCCAGCUGCCAAAAGACCUGCACCAGUUCGCGUUCUCCAAGUUCAGCUCGGUCUACUUCGCUGAUGGUGGACAGCUUUCGCCAAGAAAACAUCCAAUUACCAAGCCUAUUUUGUCUAAAGCUGCUGUUAGGGAUCAAGACUUCAACGAUGCUGUAGCGGUGUUCAAGUUGAUAUUGAGAUGGUGCGAUGAAUCCGCGUCCGGGAAGGAAACUAGACAAAAGCUAAUAGCCGACUACAUAGCAUCGAAAGGCAUGAACUCCCGCGGCCUCCGGGAUGAGGUACUCGUACAAUUGUGUAGUCAAGAUACAAGGGCAACACCGCUGCUGGCGCACUGCUUAGCUGCUUUUCCACCUGGAGCUGCUCUGCAUAAGUACCUAGUACGCCUUAUAUCCGAGCGCUACGAAGGCUCCGAAAGGGAACGCAUGCUACGCCUCGUGUGCGGAAGCGAAGCGAAUGCCGCGCGAGCGCACGGCGUCGCGAGGCGAACUCCGCCCACGUUACUGGAGUGGAGGGCUAAUAAGGAACAGGCUAGACCCGCUCUGGCAUUACAUUUGCCUACAGAUCGCGUGGAAAAAGUAUGUGUAGACUCAUGGACAACGUGUGAAAAAGCCGCAUCUGCAGCUCUAGCCGCUGCCGGCAUCGCGCGUGAUGCUGCGGGCUGGUCUGUAACUUUGGAACAUAAUGGACAGCUUACUGAAUGGGCCGGCUGCGACUACAUCCUAGACACAGUGGGCGAAAUGGAAACAGUCCCAGCGCUAUGCGGGCGAAGCGCCCUCCGAGCCGCAUCCCCUUCCAACAGCCCCUCCCCCUCCCCCACACCUGUGUCACCAAACCAUUCGACACAUUUGACACAUUCACAUUCGACAAAUUUGACAAAUUCGACACAUACACCUCCUGCGGCGCCGGUUCGACACACUCCGCCCGCACCGCCGCCUAGAGCGUCGUCGAUAGAUAGCGAGAGAACUUUGCGACCACAGGUACCACCACCAGAACCACCAAAAUCCAGAUCACCAAGCAUCCAACGGAUAUUACAAGAUUCCAUCGAAGAGAACUCUGAAUACAACUGGAAAAUGGAAACCAAGAACGAAUAUUCCAGAAAAGUGUCCCAUGACAUCCUUUCCCGCGAAUCAGCGCUCAACGAGAGAUAUUUCGAGCAACAGAGCGACAAAGUUCGCAGUCGUUCACUAGAUAACUUGUUGGGUGACAACCCUGUGCCGCAACCUUCGAAGUUAUCAGACCUAGGGUUGUCGCAGUCGCGUUUGAACGAUAGAUACCACUCUGUGGAACGAUUGGCGCCCAGUGUGGGGAGCAGCAAGGGAGAGGAGUACUCCCGUGUACUUCCUCCAAGAUAUAUAAAGUCGCAGUAUGCUGGGAAACGCGCGCCCGCUGGCUCGCAGUCCAGUCGUGCGUAUAUUGAGAAGAGUUCCGAGUUUGGAGGAGUUAGAUCGUCAGCAAUGUCAGACACGUCAGAAGCCCCAUCGCUCGCGUCUCACGUGCGUCGUGUGCGCGUGCCGAGCCAGGCCUCCGACGUGGACCAGUUCCUGGAUGAUUUGUUCUCGCCCGUAUUGGACCCCAAUAUCGAUGAGCUGUCCGAUGCUAGAUCUCUGGCAGCUAGCAUCAAAGGGGGAAGAGAUUACGACAAAUUCAUUGACAACAUCCUCACUUGUUCGUACAGCGAACAGCUCGAUAUCUUGAAUUCUGAAGAACUUGAAUAUAACAUUAAAGGAGGUGGAAAGGAAGAGAAACAACCUAGUCGUAAAGAAUCGAAUGUUGAUUCCGUAGACGAUUAUAUUACCAAUCUAUUUGAUCCGAUAUUUUUAAACGAUAGCCUCAAAAGAUUGACGGAUGGAGAAAGUUUGUCAGGUGCUAUUAAAGGCGGGGGUGCUACACCAAGAGCUGCUUCAGCGAAUACUUCUCUAAGUUACGGAGCAAUGUCCAUACCACCGUCGAUGCCAGCCAUGCCUGCUACACCAGAAGCUUUGGCCGCAGCUUUAGGCUUGCAUCUCCCGCCUCCAGGCACAGUGGACAUCAACGCAUACCACCAGAACUUACAACGCGCCUUCCUACAAAACGCAAUGGCGCAAAACUUGCAAAUACAACAGCAAUUACUCGCUCAAAAUCAAGCUUUACAAACGUUGCUCGCUGGUCAAGUUGUGGAACCGGAAUCAGCGCCCACAUCGCCAGUUCGAUCCUCGACUGUAGUACACGCUCAAGUACACUCCCCACCUAGAAAUACACCGAAAGCGAGACGGGAAUCUAAUGAAAGCACUUCUACAGGUGCUCCGCCACCUCCACCCCCACCUAUGCCUCCUCCACUGCAUGAUAUGGACCCAUCAGAAGCCAGACCUUUCUUAGAUCCAUACGGCCGUGCAAAAACAGUCCGUAUUGGAAAGUGGAGGUGGCCCCCACCAAAAGAUUCGGUGCCACAAGACACUACGCAAGAUUUUACUAAAUUCAAACUGCGACAAAUACAAAGGAGACACACGCCGCAAGCGCAAACUAAUGGUGAACAUGAACCGCGUGGCAGAUCGCGUUCUGAAGUGUCUCCUGGAAUUGAUUGGGAAGAAUUCGAGGUCGAUGGCCAACCGUCACAGAGAGAACCGCCUUCACAGAGAACUGCUCGGCGCAGCUUUGAAAUCGGCGCACAACGACCUUCCCCAGGCAGUGUUGGCAAAUUAAAACUCAGUUCUGAAAUGCGACAACGCUUAGAACGCGUGACAGCUAACCAUUCUGUAAGAAGUUCAUCUUCAAACGCGGAAACGCCGCGUACUAUAAACAAAUUGGAAGAUACAAGAAAAUUAAUGCUAGAAAGACAAUUAGGUGGAGGACCGAGGUGGGAUGCACCUCCUCCCCCUCUACCUCCCGCACCUCCCGGCCCAGCACCUCCACCACCACUUUCCCCUCCGUCUCCACCUGACAAGCCUGCCCCACCCCCUCCCUCUGAUACAUCUACUUUUGCUCAACUCAGACGUGACAGAGACACAUUCGGAGUUCAUCAAAACAGAGAAGCGGACGAUCGUCACAACUUCCUAGCCAAUUGGAAUUCACGGCGUAAAGAAGACAACGAAUCACAAGCUGACGAUUUAGCAGCACGCUUCUUAACUUCUGAUCGUCGAGACAAACAACAUCGCAGAGAUGAUUGGGGCGAUGAAUCAGAAACUAGAAGCUAUGACGAUAAAGGUCGUGACGAAUGGGACUCGGAAAUAGGUAGAAGGGACCAGGACAAUUUCUCUGGACGUGAAGCGUCAGAGAUUUAUGAAAUAUCUCCAAUGCGUACUGAAAGGAAAGAAGAGUUUGAUAGGAACAUGUUUGUUGACGACUUCGAGCGUUACGACGGUAGGAAAAAUUCCCGGGAUAUGUUGAUGGGAAGGACCAGGGAAAGUCCGCGGUCAGAUGUAGUAUUUCCCCCGAAUAAUGAGGACUCAUUGAAAAGGAAUGAUCGUCCUACGUUUAAAACGCACAUGGCGCAAAAGGAAAGAGAUAGAAAGAUGGAGGCGGAAAGAAGACAGUCUGUGUCCACACACGUCACAGAUAAAACAGAACAUCUUGAACGCGACGCCCCCGCGCCCGCCGCGUUCCUCCCCCUGGAGCGCACGCCGCACGUGACGUACGGCCGCGUGCCGUGGAAGCUGCGCGUGCGCAAGGAGGUGUUCGCGCCGCUUGACAACUACUCCGAUCCGGCGCUGCUCGAUCUGUUGUAUGCACAGAUCGUAAGCGACAUAACAUCCCCUUUGCCAUCAUUACGCAUCUCGUCCGCCGAGCGGCGCGCGGGCACAGCGUGGCUGCGGCAGCAAGCUGGCCCAGCUCGCGCGCUGACCAAGCGGCGCUGCGUGGAGCUGGCCCGCGCGUGGCCGUUCUACUUCGCGCGGCUGUACGCGGCGCGCCUGCCGCCCGGCGACAGCGCCGUGCUGGCGGUGUCGCACGCUGCGGUCACCGUGGGCGUUAGGGGUCCCGGCGGUCUCGUAGUAAAGCGGUCACUCCCGCUCACGGGUCUCCGCGCAGCCCUGCCCGCAGCGGGCACGCUACAACUGAGCGCUGGAGCGACUUCGCUCACGCUGCACACACACAACGCGCACAAUGCACACUCACUUAUCACUGAGUUUGUGUUGCAGCACUCACAGAUACAACCAAAACCAACGUCGAACGGCACCACAAACACAAAAGAGAGAAUACCGGAGAGAGAAACACGCGAAAGAGAAAUUCGGGAAACCAGAGAAGCGAGAGAGUCCAGAGAAUCGAGAGAAUCUCGCGAAUCAAGAGAUUCUAGGGAUUCUAGAGAAAUAAAAGAAACAAGAGAAAUAAGAGAGAGUAGAGAGGAAUCUGAGAUAGAAAGACGCGCGAGCCCACCGCGGGAGAGAGAGAGGGAGAGGGAUAGAGAUAGGGAACUGCGGGAGGAGAGAAGAGAGCAGCAGCAUGAUGGACGACACCCGUUGCUACAGUUUGCAGUUGAUCACUUCAGACAGAGUCCUGAAUUAGAAGUCCUAAAAGCGGACUCCUCGCUCAAAAGCAAAGCGAAACGCAACGAAUGGACAUGGAAAGCCCAAACAGACGUGGUCAAGUGGCAGGCGACACCCCUCAGAGCUCCACUACUGCGUCUCCCCGCAGCGCUCGCCCCACCAGCGUUGGAGUGCUUUACUUGUAUACGGGCAUAUUGUGGGGACCUGCAGCCGCCUGAGAGGGCCCUGCAUCAGGACCUGACUGAAGUGAAAUGCGUGUAUACUGUGCUUAUGCACUGCCACUCGGUACCUGAACUCCGCGACGAGGUAUACUGCCAGCUGAUGAAGCAGACGACCUCAAACAGAUCGCAGACACCAGACUCGUGCCAACGCGCCUGGAGACUCAUGUCCAUACUCGCUGCGUACUUCACUUGCUCUGAUACACUCAGGCCGUUCCUAGUAGAAUACCUGUCAGCAGCAGCAGCAGACCGGCGCCGGCCGUGCCAGGGCACUGCGGCCGUCUGUCUCGCUAACUUCCGCAAGACCAUACGGUGUGGGGGACGGAAGAACGUGCCUAGUAUUGAGGAGGUGACAGCAGUAUCAGCAGGUCGUUCAGCUCGUCGACAACUAUAUCGGUUGCCAGGUGGCGCUGAGCGCGUUGUUAACACACGUUGCGCCACCACAGUACAGGAUAUCGUUGAUGAGCUUUGUGAUCUGAUCGGCGUACGCACAGCGGGCGAGCGAGGCGAGUUCUCGCUAUACUGCAUCGUAUCAGGCGAUGCUCUGACCAUGCCGCUAGCGGGAGACGAGUACGUGCUGGAUGUGACCACGGAGCUGCAGCGAGCACAUCAUCCCUUCUACCUCAUCUUCUGCCGAUCUGUGUGGCAUCACCCGCUACGACCGGACGCCCCGCCGUUGUACACAGAAGUGCUGUUUAAUCAGGUGGCGCCAGACUACCUAGAAGGUCUGCUGCUAGUUCUCCCCGGGGGCGGUCCCCCCGCAGCCAACGUCCUCCGCGACGCAGCUACCGUCGCAGCCCUACUCCAUCGAGCCGCAGCCCUAGCGGAGCCCCCGCACCCGCGCGACCUCAAGUUCCUGCUGCCGAAGCCGCUGCUGGCGCUGCGGGACCCCAGACCCAACAAGUGGGCCUCCUGGGUGGCUGCCGAGUGGCCGCAGGCGAGGGCCUUGUCCCCGCAAGCUGCUAAAUCUAAAGUGCUACAGGUGCUAUCCCGCUGGCCGCUGUUCGGCUCGUCGUUCUUCGCGGUGCGGCGUGUGAGCGGCGCGGGCGAGUGGCGCGAGCUCGUGCUGGCGCUCAACCGGCGCGGCGUGCACCUGCUGCUGCCGCACUCGCACGACACCGACACGCACUGGCCGCACGCCGACCUCAUCUCCACUAGGAAGGUGCGCUCCGAAGACGGCACGCUGUUCCUGGACAUCAAGUGCGGUUCGCUGCUGCAGCAGCGCGUGACGCGGCUGCAGGCGGAGCAGGCGCACGAGAUCGCGCGUCUCAUCCGCCAGUACAUCGCGCUGCAGCGGGAGCAGCGACAUGAUGAUAUGAACAGCCAGUAAGAAGGGACGAGCAAUCAAACGCACAACGAUACCUCAACAUUCCGUCCUUAUAGAGUAAAAUGAUAAUAGGAUUUUUGAUGCGAUUUUCCAGAUUGUGUAGCUCACUUCUAUUUUCAUUUUAGUCAUUAUAUAUAUAGUUUAGUUAAGCGAUGUAAUAUAUUCGAUAAUUUAUCUUAUAUUUAACCAAAAACAUGUCACAAUUUCUUUUAUCAAUUCUUUCUUUUUCUAUCUUAAACUUUUAAAUCUUCCUUUCUUUCCAGAAGUAAUAAUGUAUGGAAUUCGUAUUAUUAUAGUAUAAUAUUGUUAUUUCCAUAACAAAUAUAUUUUGUAUGAAAUAUUUAUGCAUGCCCUCCGUCUAUAAAAGGUGCUAUUUACGAAAAUAUGCGAAUAAAUAAAUAUAUAACAUGUCCAUGUAACCCAGGCCUUAUUUAUAGUCUAGAUAAAAUCCAAAGACCAAAUAGGUCGGAGUCAUGUUUAUUGUUAAUUAAAUAUAAUAAUUUACGAUGUAAUUAUUAUGAUACGAAAUGUUUUGUAGAUAUCAAUAAAGGUAUACAGUUUUA